CACGCAAACCAGACAAACACAUACAUCGAUCAGACAAUCAAAAAAUUAACUAAACCCUAGCUAGACAUCAGAUCUCAUGGACAAGGUGAUGAGAAUGUCGUCAGAGAGAGGAGUGGUGAUCUUCACUAAGAGCUCAUGUUGUCUCUGCUACGCCGUUCAGAUCCUGUUCCGUGACCUUAGGGUUCAACCAACGAUCUAUGAGAUUGACACCGACCCAGACUGCUGUGAGAUCGAGAAGGCUCUCCUCCGCAUAGGCUGCUCCACGGCGGUACCUGCUGUCUUCGUAGGUGGCAAGCUCGUUGGUUCCACCAAUGAAGUCAUGUCCCUUCACCUUAGUGGCUCUCUCAUCCCCUUGAUCAAACCUUAUCAGUCCCUCCUUUAUUAGCAAUCUGGACCAACCAAAGAUCAUCCGUGACAAUAAAAACCCUUGUAGCUAGAGUGUGAGCUCGAUAUACAAAAGCUACUAGCUUAUAAUUCAGAUGAGGUCUUCUUCUGUCAUAUAUAUUUUCUAUAUAUUGGUGUAUCUUCGUGUUUCAGUCUAGUAGUAGUGGUGUAUGUUGAUGUAAUCUCUGUUUAUGCCAAUGAAAAUUAAAAGUACUCAACAAAA